GUCUUCGGCUGCAUCGGCGGGGGCGGAGCUAAAAUGCCAGCCACACCUCUCUCUGUGACUCUACCUUUGGGCUCCGCGCGUUUUAAUAGGAUGGUGUCUCCACGGGAUCAAAUUUCAGCGUCACAGCUGGGGACUGGCUUCGCGGUCCCUGAUGGGAGAGCAGGAGCAGGUUGUAUGUGGCUCGUCUCAGACCUCACUGACUCCUGUGGGAUCUUCUAGGUCUUUCUCACUGCCCAUCCUAAGCCCUGGGGCUGGGAUCCUCCUUCACCCAGCUUUGGCUCCUAUCAUAAAUAAGAGGCCUGUAUUCAGGGCUGAGGCCUCUCUGGGGUGUCAGAGAGGGCAUGAGAGUGUCAGGACCUGGGAGCCGGUCUCAGUGCAGCCCUGUGAACCCCCUCCUCAAAGCAACCCUCUUCUGGCCGGCCCACCCCUGGACCCUGACUCCUGCGUGCCUGGUCACUGCUCAUCUCUGUCACCCUCCAACGUGUGUCUGCCUGCUAAUGAGAAGUGUGACAAGUGCUGCGGCUCGUUGAGGGGCUGCCCUGGGGCUGGGGAGCAGGAGGGGCUGGAGUGCUCUGGGCUGGCUCUCAGGAAACCUUCACCACACACCCCCCUCCCAGGCCCUUCCUCAGAAAAGACCUUGGAAUAUACAUUUCACUGGUCCAGGACCCCAGAGCCAGAGACCUUGAAGCUGGUUGCACCCGAAAACACAGUGACAAUUGGAACCUGGAGGCGAGGGAGAGACUCGGGGCCUCAGUCGCAUGGGUCCCUCCCCAACUCAGACUCACAGGAGCACUGUAAUGACCAGGACCCUCCAAAGAGGCAUCACAGCAACACUAAGAAGCCCUUGGAGACCAGCUCUUCCAAAACCAAAGUUAAGUCCACCGUGAUGAUUCCCAAAUCCCAGAAGCUUCUGAGAUGUGAACUGGAGUCACUCAGGUGUCAGCUACAGGCCCAGACCAAGGCUUUCGAGUUCCUAAACCACCCAGUGACCAUGUUGGAGAAGGAGAGCUGCCUGCAGCAAAUCAAGAUCCAACAGCUUGAAGAGGCGCAGGAAGAGGAGCUCACGGAGAACCUGGUGAACAUCCAGAAGAUGCAAAAGACACAGGUGAAGUGCCGCAAGGUCCUGACCAAAAUGAAGCAGCAUGGGUAUGAGACAUCCAACUGGCCAGAGACUGAGGAGUUGCCACCAGGAGGCAGUGGCUCCUGGAGGGAUGACCUCCAGAAGGAGCUGGGUGACAUAUGGACUCAUCUCCGCCCCUGCCCCCACCAUGGCCUCCCUGCCCCAGCUUUGAGCAGUCCAGAGUCCCCCGGGGCCCCCAGAUCCCCAUCUCCCCACAGGUCCGCUGUGCACCUGCUGCAGAACUCCUUUGGUGGCCUUGCUGUAUACUCAGGGGGCCCCCCCAGGGCUGCGAGCCUCAGGGGCUAUAAGGGGCACCGAUGCCUGAGCCCUCCACUCCCCUCCUGGGACUUGGACUUGGACUCAGACCAGGACCCUUCCCAGCCACCACUCAGCAAGAGCUGCUCCUUCCCGCCUGGUGUGGAUCCUCCCCUGCCUCAACCUACCCUUCCCCUCCUGGCCUGCCCUGGAAUCCCAAAGUACAGGCCCUUCCAACUCCCAGCCUGGGCAUCUGCUCCCUGACCUCCAGCCCUGGGGUCCCCUGGACCAGGCCAGCCUCUGACCCACCCUCUUUCUCCAUAGCCUGAGCAGCUGGGACUGCUCUCCCUGAAGACCCCUCCAGAGAGAAAAUAAACUAGCUGAG